CUAAGGGGAAGGAGCGGGAAUGGGCGGGGAGGAAAGGAGGAGCUUCAAGCGCCGGGUGCCCGGAUGUGAGCUGGCCGGCCUCAAGCUAAGCCGAGAAGGAGCUGGACUUGGAGCAAGAGGCGAGGAAGGGAGGCUGCGGAGGGGCGGGGCCCAUGGAGGGAGAGCGGGGGCCUCUGAGGGUAGAUCAUUACAGCCAUAAUGGAUGAUUUAAACCUGCACUACCGAUUUCUCAACUGGAGGAGGAGAAUCAGAGAGAUCCGAGAAGUACGCGCGGUUCGUUAUCGAGAGAGAUUCAAACAUAUCCUUGUUGAUGGAGACAUAUUAAGCUACCAUGGAAACUCUGGGGAGGUUGGAUGCUAUGUUGCUCGUCACCCACUGACCAAAGAUGACAAUUAUUUUGAGGUAUCAAUUGUGGACAGCGGUGUUCGGGGGACCAUUGCAGUGGGGCUGGUCCCUCAAUACUAUAGCCUGGACCACCAGCCUGGAUGGCUGCCAGAUUCAGUUGCCUACCAUGCUGAUGAUGGCAAACUUUACAACGGCCGACUGAAGGGUCGUCAGUUUGGGACAAAAUGCAGCUCUGGGGACCGGAUUGGCUGUGGAAUUGAGCCAGUGUCUUUUGAAGUUCAGACAGCCCAGAUAUUCUUCACCAAAAAUGGAAAGAGAGUGGGCUCAACUAUAAUGCCACUCUCUCCUGAGGGACUCUUCCCAGCUGUGGGGAUGCACUCAUUGGGGGAAGAGGUCCGGCUCCAUCUCCAUGCAGAGCUGGGUAAUGAAGAGGAGGAUGACAGCAUCAUGAUGGUGGACAGCUACGAGGAUGAAUGGGGACGAUUGCAUGAUGUAAAAGUCUGCGGCACACUCCUGGAAUAUGUGGGGAAGGGAAAGAGCAUAAUUGAUGUGGGUCUUGCACAAGCUCGACAGCCCCUGAGUACCAGAAGUCACUACUUUGAGGUGGAGAUUGUAGAUCCAGGAGAAAACUGCUACAUUGCACUGGGCCUGGCUCGCAAGGACUACCCAAAAAAUCGCCAUCCUGGUUGGAGUCGGGGAUCUGUGGCCUACCAUGCAGAUGAUGGCAAAAUCUUCCAUGGGAGUGGAGUGGGGGAUCCCUUUGGUCCACGCUGCUACAAAGGAGACAUCAUGGGCUGUGGGAUUAUGUUCCCACGUGACUAUAUCCUUGAUAGUGAAGGUGACAGUGAUGACAGUUGUGAUACAGUGGCAAUCAGGGCCAAACCUCGAGGAGUCCGAAACGUCCUGUAUCUGCACCAGGAAGCUGAGGAGGAGGAGGAUGAAGAAGAGGACGGAGAAGACAUGGAACAGGAACAUGAAGGCAGAAAAGUAGUGGUGUUCUUCACGCGCAAUGGCAAGAUUAUUGGCAAGAAAGAUGCCAUGGUGCCCUCUGGGGGCUUUUAUCCCACCAUUGGGAUGCUGAGUAGUGGAGAGAAGGUCAAGGUGGAUCUGCACCCCCUGAGCGGCUGAGGAUCCAUGGGGGCCCAGGGGCUCAUCUCUUUCCGUCUGCCAUUCCAUGGGACUGCCAGAUUGUUCGAGCUGUUCUUCAUUGCACUUCCAGCCUCUGUCUGUGUGGCAGCAUUUUCUCUGUGGGGCCAUAUAGAUAUCUGUGUAACACCACAUGGGCCACCUUCCUUGUCUGUCCUGCUUGACUGCAGCUACUGUCAGGCUCUUUGUGCUGCUGCUGGGAAAAAAAAAUCUCAAGGCUGUUGUUCUGGAGCAGGGUUGGAAUUGGGUAUUGGGGCAGAGGCCUAACCUCUUCCCUCUCCUCAUGGCCUCUCACCUCUGCCUUGUGCACAGCCUUGUGCAUGGCUGCAUUUCCCAACCUUUGCACCAAAGGCUGAGAUAUGACCGGGCAUAGUCCAAUGCUCAAAAGGAGUAGGGCUAUCUUUGAGGAGCAUCUCCAGUUGCUGGUGGCACAGUGCUGCUGCUCUCUAUCAUGUAUGUGGACAAUGUUGCAUUCCCAUGUCAUAAAUUGGAUGCUUGUUAGCUGCGGGCCAACCCCCCGGAGUCACACCUUUAACCUGUUUCUCUCCCAUUCCCUUACAGACAGUGUUGCAUUCCUUUGCCACCUUCUCAGGGCCAGCCCUACUAUUAGGCAGCAGAUGCCAAAGGCAGCUGUGGCAACUUUACUGCUACGGUUCCUUCUGAGCACCUCAGCUGUUUCCCUCUGUUGUAAGACACAGCUAAAUCUAUCACACAGCCUGUUUCGAGGCUCCUAAACUUUGCUGUUGUCUCAAGUGGUGUGGAUUCAGCAUCUUGUGUAUGGACUGGGGAAAAAGUGCUAUCAAAGAAAAUGUUUUGAGACAGCCUUGCACUUUCUUAUGAACACUCCGCUUUUCCAGCCAAAAGUGUAUGGCCCUGUGGCUCCUAGAACUCUCCUAGGAGCUGGCCUUCCUUCGUGGAAGAGGACUCACUACUAGUUUUCAGGAUGGUAAGAGACAAUGCUAUAGAAGCAGGGGGUGGCUUUCUAGGAUUCUUAUUACCCUAUGCCAUCUGUGGCAAGCUAAGGUCCAACACCUCUGCCCCCUCCUUCAUAUCAUCUUCACUAAGGACUGAGGUUUGCUAGGAAAUUUGUGGAACUCUCAGUCUGCCAUUAUGUAACCUUUUCAUCUGCCUGCUGGGGGGAAAAAGAGUGGUGUUGAGUCUGGAGGCAGGCCUGAGCUCUCUGCCAUGUCUAUAUUUCCAAGAGUUGCGAGAGUGUGUUAAUCUCACCCGGUAUACACUGAGUGUACUUGCUGCUGAAAGGGUAGGUUCUGGCCUGGCUGCAGUGCUGCUGCAUCUCCCUGUACUGUGGUCUUACAAGGUGGGGGUGGAUGAGACAGACAAUGGGACAUGAAUUACAUCCUGCGGUUUUAUUGAGAAGUGUUUACUCUCCAGCCUUCCUUCUCUCCUUCCCUCAGCUUGAGGGCUGGGCCUCAAGUAUAUGGGCUGGCCCUUGUCUAUUCAUUCUUUCUGGAGGCUGCUUACCCUCUCUGUCUCCCACUUGCUUUAUUGUCACUGUUCUCCUGCCAUGCCUUUGAAGUGAACAAGAAAGCCUUGGAACCGGGUAAGAAUCUGUCGCAAUGCCAACUGUGUAGAUGUGGCUGACUGAUGGCAAGUGAAGCCAAAGAGUGGUAGCUUCUUUGCUCCUGCAAUGGGGAGGAUGGAAGGAUGGGUCUUGAUGCAUUAUUCUGUUCCUUUUUGCUGGCCCUGUAGACUCAAGGGCAGACUCUUGCUGCUAAAAUAAAAAUUUUCUGGGAAGCUGAGACUGAAGUGGGUGUUUCGGAAAGCUAUUGCACUGGCUUCCUCUGAUGAUAUGGUUGCCUGGCUUUGUUGUAAUUGUCCUGUUUUGUAAGUGGGUUGGGGUGGAGAACAAAAGUACUUUCUUGCUUGAAUGUUAAUACCUUACCCGCAAACCUUCCUUACUCUUAGAAAUGUGAGAUAAUGCCAAUCUUUUCAACUUUAACCCUUGCUUCUGUUGCACAUUUGAUUGGUGGAUGCCCCCUGCCCCCUAUUUUGCUGAAAUUCUAGGAGUCUGCAGAAGAAAGGAAAGGGGAGCCAGUGUCUGAGGGCUAGUGGCAAGCUUAUGAAGAUCCUCUAGAGUCUUUGGGCUACAGCAGUCUACAGAGGGAGCCAACAUAAGAACUGCACUUGGUCCAUAGAGAUGCCUUGGUGUGAACACAGCCAUCUUCUGUCCAGCUCAGGGUGCCUCUGGCUCCUGCUGCAUCUCUACAGAUAAAAUCUUGAUACACCUAAUAAAGUUGAAAUGUCAAUAUUUAUCCAGCA